AUGCUUUUCUUUGCAUGGUUUGCAUGCAAUUCUUCGCUGGCGGCGUUCUGCGUGGAGGAGCUGCGCGCUGCCGCGAUGACGCUGGGGGUGGAAGUCAGCGUGCUGGAGCUGUUGCCGUGGCUCUGCGUGGAGACCGCGUCCAGGACGUUCUGCGUCUUUGAGGCGGCGUCCGUUGCAGCAGCCCAGCAGCUCGCUGGGCGGUGUGUGCUGCUGCGCGCCGUGCACCUUCUCAUCGCUGCCGCGGCUUCCCUGGAGGACCUGCUGGUGUGCGUCGGCAGCUCCACAUCCGACGGGGGCGAUGAGGGCGGGCGGUGUCUGCGUGGGCUGCUGCGGUCUGACGAGACGCUCCGCCACAUGGACUGCACCGUGCGGGUGGAGACAAUCGGUCGGCGCUACACAGUGGAGGAGAAGUCGGCACUGGCGGCGCGCGUCGGCGCCGCGCUGCAGCUUCCGUGCGAAGCUUCUGUCCCACGUGCGGCGGAGCAGCCGCCGCAUCGCGUUGCCGUUGUGAUCGAGCACGCGCUUGAGAAUGCGCCCGCUGGGGCCCCAGCGUCGUGGCAGCCGUGCGGUCGUGUGCAGUGCGUAUUCUGCGGCGUGCCGGUUGCUGAAUCCGCGCGGCAGCGGCUGCUCGCGACGUAUGACCUCAGGCGGCGCCCGUACAUUGGCACCACGUCGAUGCCGCCGGAGCUAGCCUUCGUGGCGGUGCACAUGGCGAAGGUGCGGCGCGGGGCGUACGUGCUUGACCCCUUCUGUGGCACCGGCAGCAUUCUUGUGGCCGCUGCCCACUACGGCGCCGUCACACUCGGCGCGGACGCCGACGGGCGGGUGAUGCGGAGUGGUUCCCUGCGGUACAGGGCGAGCAGGCAGCAGCAGCAGCAGCAGGAUGCUGUGUGGCGGUCCCACACGCAGGAGGCCCUCGUGCGGGCCGGCAUAAGCGCGGCGGAGGCGGCAGCUCCAUCGAUGUGGACGAACUUCAAACUCUACGGACUGACGGCGCCGGACCGCGUGCGGCUGAACUUUGCCACCUGGCGCUCCGCGCUGCGUCCCUGUAACGUGGACGACGGGGCGCAGCGUUCGAUGACUGGUCACGGCGCGGAGGAUCGCGGGUUUCUGGACGCCAUUGUGACGGACCCCCCGUAUGGCAUCCGCGAGCCACGCAAGAAGGCCGAGCGUCCGCCGGGAGCGCUGGUGGCGGGGGCGGAUGAACUGGCGACGUACCCGGUCAGUAGUAUCACGCUGGAUCUGCUGCUCUUUGCGGCUGAGGCUCUCGUGCUGGGUGGGCGCCUCGUCUUCUGGUACCCCACCACCGCGCAGUACACCGACGACGAGCUGCCAACGCAUCCGUCGCUGCGUCUCGUCUGCGACAUGCCACAGCGGAUCUCGCUGAAGGUGGUGCGGCGCCUUGUCGUGCUGGAGAAGACGCAGCCACUGCCGUUUCCGUCGCCCUCGCGUGAGGCGUGCGCCGCGACGCGGCAGCCGCAGGAUCUCCGUGCCCUGAUGGACGUCACCGACCUCCCUGACAACGCGGACUACAUGCACUAUCGCUCCAAGUUGCUGCGGAAGCGGGACGCCACGCGACGGUACUUUUCAACCACCCCCUCGCCCCUCUGCACGCCUGGCGACGGGCACGGAAGCGGUGGUGGCGGGCCUGAUGAGACGAAGAGAAGGCCGCAAAAGCUAUCAAGGGCGGAACGCCGCGAACUCGUCGUGGCAAACCGUGAACGGAACCUGCAGCAGCAGUGGCGGCGGCAGCAGGAGCGGUUGACAUGGAGGGAGGGCGAUGAUAAAUGCGACGGCGACGGCGAGGGGAUGAGUCCGAGUAAAUGA